GACCUCUUCUGAGUCCUAAUUCUAAGUACCACGCUUCGGGAAUCGGGAUGAUCAUAGUGGUCCAAUAUCGAUAUCUUCAUUCUAUCAACUUGAAGGUCUGACUACGGGAGACUAACUGUCCAGUACGUACUGUUAAUAAAUUUUACAUUUCCUAACGACUCCCGAUACAGUUACUGCUGUGAUACGGUACUUGCAAGAUAUUACUGCACUGUGCAGUGGUGAAUCUCCCACCGAGUGUAGUGCAUAUUAUGAUCACAGCUCUUGGUAUUGAUCUCGGGACAUCGAGUUGUUGUGUUGGGGUGUGGAACAAUGAUCAUGUCGAGAUCAUAGCGAACGAACACGGGAAUUAUAUCACCCCAUGUUAUGUAUCCUUCAUGGCCAACAAUUACUUGAUCGGAGAACAAGCAAAACGCCAAGCACCUUCUAACCUCGCAAACACUAUCUUCAAUGUCAAGCGUUUCAUUGGCAGGAAAUUCGACCAUCUCGAGGUGCAAUCCGUCAUGAAAUACCACCCGUACGACUUGAUCAACAAGGAAGGACGGCCAUAUGUCAGCGUCGAACGUCAUCAAGGACAACAAGAUUUUUCUGCAGAAGAAAUAUCAUCAAUAAUCCUCACCAAAAUGAAGGGUCUAGGAGAAACCCACCUCGGCGCACCGUGUACAGAUGCUGUCAUUACUGUUCCGGCUUACUUUACCGAUGCACAACGGCGAGCCACGGUAGAUGCAGCGAGGCGGGCGGGCAUCACGGUCCUGCGACUGCUUAACGACUCCACUGCUGCGGUAGUUGCCCAUGUAAUCAACAAUGAUACCAAAGAAGACAUGUACAGAAUCCUUGUUUUUGGUCUUGGGGCGGGCGCACUGGACGUAGCGCUUGUCGAGGUUCUUGAAGGUGUUAUGGAAGUUGUCACUGUGGCAGGAGAUUGUCACUUGGGUGGCGAAGACUUCGACGACCGUCUUGUCUUUCAUUUCAUUCAAGAGUUUUUGAGUCAGCACAAAAAAGACAUAUCUUCUGAUCCUCGUGCUCUUUGGCGUUUACGUGCAGAAUGUGAGCGUGCUAAACGCACACUAAGCUCCGCUACCCGAGCUGACGUCGCGGUCGAAUACCUUCAUGACGGAAUCGAUUUCUAUUCAUCAAUCACACGUGUUCAGUUCGAGACCCUAUGCAACGAUCUUUUCGAUAGAAUGCUUGAUCAUGUUAAGGAGGUGCUUCGAAGUGAGGAUAUCACGCCCGUGACUGAAAUCGUCUUGGUUGGUGGAUCAACUCACAUUCCCCGAAUCCGAACCAUGAUAUCGGAUAUAUUUGGCGGCAAAUUGCCUGUCAAAAUCCUUUACCCCGAGGCUCCUGCAACUGGGGCUGCUGUCAUGGCUGCCAUCCUUAGCGGAGAUCUUUCAUCAAGGCUACAGGAUGUUUUAGCGCUAGAUGUCGCGUCAUUGUCUCUGGGUAUCCAAACCGUUGGUGGAGUCAUGACGCGUAUCGUUGGCAGCUCUGCCACGAUUCCUAUCAAGAAGUGGGAGACAUUUACGACUUAUGCGGAUAACCAGUCGACACUUGUCUUGCGUGUAUUCGAAGGGGAUAAAGAGCAGGCAAAAGACAACAAUCUCCUUGGCGUUUUCGAGCUUUCCGACAUCCCGCCAGCUCCUCGCGGGGUUCCUCAAAUUGAAGUCACAUUUGAUGUUGAUGCAAACAAUAUUCUCAGUGUUAUUGCCUGCGAUCAGAACACCGGAAGGAUAAAAGUGGUGACCGUUGGCGAGCGUGCCAUGGGAUCGUCUCGUGAUCCCGACGACCUCAAGUCAAAUUAUUCCCACAAACGGUACACGGAUGUGCCAGGCGCUCAAGCGAAAAAAACACUCAAGUGGUAUACAUCAAAUCUUCGGUCAUUGAUCUCCGAAGACAAGCUUCCCGGGACUCUGAAAGCUUCUGAAAAAGAAAGACUCGAGUCGGUUGUUAAGCGAGCAGAAGAAUUUCUGAGCAUGGCUGACAAUGAGAGUCCUGAUGUCGAGCAGUAUGUGGAGAUGCAACGGUUCUUGGAGACGGCUUCUUUAUCAAUCUUGCGCAAGCAUAGUACCACGUCGAGUUGAGAUUCGUUGGUCUGACACAAACUGACUGCUAUUAUGUUGGUUCCUAUGAAAUGAUCACAAGUUUUGGACAUCAA